ACAUGCAUGAGCAGCACUGCUUCCUAGCUUCACCUGUUCAGGCACUCUGCAGGGACGAAAGCAGCUGUCAACCCAGUUGGCUUGACGAGACAGACGCAAUCUGACCAAGAGAAACGCUAUGAACCGGCUCGGGCCUCGGUGCUGAACAGGUUCCCUGCGCUACUGAACUGUUGAGAACUUUACACAUGGUAAACAGGUCAAAGUUGGCCCAACUGAGACUGAAGCUGAAGCUGGGAGUGGAGACUUGGUGGAGGGUGGACCACAGAGGCAUAGAGAGGUCUUCACAGGUCUUGCCCUGAGUGUUGAGCACCUAUUUGUGCAAGUAUGAAUCCCAUGUGGAAGGUUUAUAAGAGCAAAGUGCUGAAGACGCUUAACCCAGAAUAUGAGGAGGACACGGCUGAAGAGGUCACAGAAGUGGAGAAUGAAAUGAGUCCAGUGCAGGAGGAGGAAGGGCCCAACGCUGUCUCUCAAUUGGCCAAGAAAAUGCAGGGGGCCGGGACCAAAAGCUGGAACAGACUAUCAUCUCUCUUUAACAAAGAUGAUGAACACCAGCUUCUAGAGGAGACUGAGAGCCCGCCGGUUGCUGACCAUCCACUUGCAGUAAAGCCAGAGGAGCCUCCUCGACCCAAUAGGCGCAUAGGAUUCUGGGAUAGCUUUGCAACCAACUGGGCUGCCAAGAAGCAGGCUGAAGCUGCAGCCGCUGCUGCUGCCGUGAACGAGGCGGCAACAGGCCAAGGUGAGGAGGGGGUGACAGAGGCUGGAGGGGAGGAGAACCAGGAUGGGCAGAUCACUGAGGGAGAGGAGAGUGGAGGAGGGGGAGGAGGAGGAGGAAGGAGCAACAACAGCUUCUCCAAAUAUGUCUCGCUGGGUGGAGGAAAUGAGGACGCAUCCUUCAAGUGGAACUUUGUCACCAGCAAACUGGCAGAUCUGAAGACCAAGAGCAUGACCAAGACCAACUAGCUGCUGAUGAAGAGGGAAUCAGGAGAAGACAAAUGAUAUGUGGCCGGUGGAGGGGGUUAGAUGUUGGAUUGUGGAGGAAGAUGUAGAGCAGGGUAUAUUUUACACAAUAUGUCCUGUAACUGAACUAUACAGCUACUGUAGAAGUCCCUUAUUUUGGGGUUCUGAACUACUAAACUGCUCCAUCUCCCAGAAAUUAUUUUUAACAACCAUAUCACAAGGAAUGCAAAAAAUUACAAUAAAUCUUUACUUUCCCACAACCCUUUUUUAGGGCCAAAUACUAUCAGGAAAUGAAUAGAAAAUAAUCUUGAAAUAUGUUUUUGUAUUCAGUGUUGGACCUGAAAUAGGCUACACAGUGACGUUUGGUGUUUUUGGGAUUGUAUGGUGAUAUCUAUCUAGAAAGGGGCCUUCACACCUGUCAGCAAAUUUAAUAUAAUCUGUAGUUUAGCAAAAACUGGAUUAAGAGAUUAAAGGCAGUGAUAGCUGGAUUAGUUGAGGAUUAUCUCACUUUACCUGUUCAGAGGGCAGGGGAUUACAGCUCAGAGAUUUGGCAGUGCAACAUAACUAUGACAUAAUAUUCUGUAAGCAUUUAUUUACAAAACACUUUUGUUUCCCUCAGACAGCAGGAGUGGAAAAUGUGCUGCACAAUGAUAUGAAAUGUGGAAUAUAUGAACGUGUGUGGUGAGAUAAUGACAACUGACUUGAAUUGGUUGAGACUGAAAUGUGCAAAGUGUGUUUUAAACAUUCCUAAUUUUGUGACAUGAAAUAUUAUUUUAAUAUAUAAAUAUUAUUUUCUCUCUGAUCUUGGUUUUGCUUUGUUGUAUGUUUGUUUUGUUUUCUGGUAUGCUCUAAUAAAGACUAUUGCACCUAAAGAUUUGACAAAGCAUGAAUGA